CAAGCAACGAAUAUGCCGAUCACAAACAAAGUCGAUCUUGUACCUGGAAAAAAAAGUCAGAGCACAACUCAGUGUUAUAAUGUGCAAGUACCAGUGCUCAGCUUUCAAAAUUUACCAGUUCAAAUGUCAACCCAGCCACAAUCGAAGGUUGAUAUUCCGCCACAUAAUUCGUCUUCGUCAUCUCCUGAUUCCCAAAUAUCGACUCUUUUCAAGAACAUUAAUAUUCCAAAAUUGGAGUUACCUAAUGACGUUACUCCUCAAUUCAUGAGUCUGGGCACAAGCUUUUCUAAAAUAACGAGCAAUCCAUUCUCGAGUCAAACAUUGGAAAGUCAUGAUUUUCAGUUAAAUACCGAGCCUACAAGUCAAUCAGUAAUAGGUUCAAAGAAGAAAUUGGAUGAUUUGAAACAGCAGCAACAUUUACAAUUCCACAAAGAUAAACAACGUCAAUUAACAACUGAAUCCAAUUUUCCACUAAGUUUUCAAACGAAUAGAGAUCGCGAUUUUGAAUUGAAAUCAAAUUCAGAAAAGUUAAUGAAAAAUAUUCGCAAUGAAGAGAAGUGUAGUAGACCCCAACAAAAUAUUUUGAACUUUAAUAAGGAUAACGUCAUACCCAAGCACGAUUUUCAUAUUUAUUGUCAUCCAGAACAGCCUCUUCAAUCACACACUACAGAUGCACAGCAGAAACUGUGUAAUAUUCAAGCACCACAGUAUCAGCUAGUAACGACUGAUUCUGAACCUGAAAGAUACGGAGCUUUUAAUAAACAAAAUCGUAAUCCUGACAAUGGAACAGAAUGCUUAGUCAAGAAUAAAACGUACUUUCAGCCACAACAGCAAACUACAGACACAGACUCGCAUGUGUCAGACAAAGUAACUCAGUUUUGUAAAAUGCAAAAAAAUUAUUGUCAGCCAGCCGAAAGGUUGAACGCAAGUUUCCUUGACGGGAUAGAAGACCAUCAAAACAAAAAGUUCGAGUCAUUGAAACAGAAAAACGUGUAUUUUGAAAAAAAUAAACCACAAGUGUUGAAUCAGGAUUGGAAACAUCAGACUCUGCAGCUCUGUGAGCAAGGCAAGGUGAUAUCUUUGCGUCAGAAACGAAAAAUGAAGUCGGAACAACGUUUGAUGCUUAAUAAAAAACGCAUCCAAAGUUCGGAGCCACAUAUAUCAACGAAUCGAAGACGAACCCAAACUCCGUAUUUAAAAAAAGCAAGCUCAUGCCUAUCAGAGUGCACACAACAAUUAACACCUGAUCCACAAAGUAAUUGCAUGUAUCAGACUCAGCAGCGCAUACCUGUGUCUAAUCAUAGAGAAAACGUCAAUAAUAUGACAUCGGAUGAUACAGAAAAUUUUCCAAGCUCACAACAUACCAUGCAAGCAGAUAAUAUAAACUUUAUUGAUUGUAACGAAAUUAAUGCAAGAGUACCGCAUCCUACGGACCUUAACGGAAUAAAACCAGAACAUUGUAUCAAGCCAUACCAAAGACCACCUCAUAAAGAUGCUAAAAUUACCUCGUCGCUGGAUUUGGAGAAGCAGAAUUUAUCAUCGCUUCAAUCUCCUAGAGCAGAUACAGAUGUACCUACUGAAAAGCCGACUGCGAUACCAGUCAAAACUCAACAGCUUUUGAACAAAAGUUACUGGGAUUACUAUAAUAAAUUGAAGCUGCAUAAAAUGGUGAGUGGUAAAAGUCCGCAACAGCAGUACUUUGGUCAAGUAGCAAUGGGAGCACCGAUAUCAAAGAAAAGAAGAGCGCCGGAAUCGAUUGCUGAGGAGUCUAACAAUACAUCGCAAGUGGAAGAUCAGAUGGAACUUAGUUUACCAGAAAUCAGAACUUUGGAACAAUGUUCAGUUCUGUCGACUAUGAUCAACAAGACAUUGGAUUCCGCACUGCAACCAUUGUCUGAAACGCUACAAACAAAACAAAUUUACUUGAAUGGCAAUAUGAGAUCAUCUUCCGAUCCUACCGCAGGAACUCAGAGCGCAAUACUGAAGAAGUUGUUAUCUGGUGAAAAUGAGGACUCAAUUAUUUCUUCAACACUUAUGUAUACGCAAAAGUAUAAGCAUGAUAAGGAUUUUAGCAACAAAACAUCGAAACUGAAGUCUAUCGGUGAACAUCCAAUAGUCUUCUUUGGCUGUAUGGUGUACGCUAUGAUUAUAUUUCUUCCAAUGAUCUAUGAUUGUUUCUUCUACGAGGAGCAUGAUCAAUAUGAGGACUUGAGUUAUAUCGAGGUAGUAUUCGAAUACAUUAUUUCGUCUGUCAAGGAAGCAUGUGGAGUGUUUUUCGACAUGAUGAAUAAAAUAUUUUUAAAGCCGGAUGCACGAAUGCAGCGAUUAUCAAGCGGCAGGUGGAGACAGAAGAUAUCCAAACAACACCUAUUCUGAUUUGAGAUACAUAGACUCAAAAAUGUUAGAUAGUAUAGAGAAAACAAAAAGAGACAGGAAAAUACAGUUUUAGGAUAUUUGACCGGUUAAACUAUGGUGCUUGCUUAGUAGAUCCAACUUUGUCACGAGAUUUAAUACCCUGAAACUAUCUUGUCAAACUCAGCAUUUUUUUGCUUCUAAUUUUCAGCGUUCCUGUAAGAAAUGUAAUAAUCUUACAUAAAUUUCAAGUAACACGCCGAUCACUCCUAGCAUGGGUAUAAUCCAGUUGAUCGAUAGUUGUUUGAUAUAAUGUCUAUAUUGAGUCCUAUUUUAUAUGAUAUAUUGUACUGCUUUCUUUCCAUAUGGUCUUAAUUCAUAGUAUUGAU